AUGGAUACGGAAACACAAUCAUAUACAUUCGCGAGAUGGGGGGACCUGCCACGGAUUCCCAACACCCCGCAAGGCUGUCUCUGGGGCUUUUACGACCGCCAGGGCAAAAAGGACGAAGUGGGUGCAAUCAACCUCCUCACUUCCGCCGUGGUCAGAGAGGCCAGCAAGGAAAUCCAGACGGGACAGCACGUCCAACUGGACUGGGAGCUACAUAAUCAGCAGUUCCCGGGGUACAAUCGCAAACCCUUUGACCACAGGGUCAUCGACCACAAGCCCCUCGGGAUAUGUGGCUUCGACGACGAAAUCCACAUGAACACGCAGAGCGGGUCGCAAUGGGACGGACUGAAACAUGACGGCUACGGCAACGGUCACAAUGUCUUCUACAACGGCCUGACAUAUGAGGAAGCGUGUCGGUCAACCACAAACGGAACACAUAAUUGGUGCGAGAGGGGCGGCAUCGUCGGUCGGGGCAUCUUGGUAGACAUGGUCCGAUUUUACGAGAAAAGGGACGGGCGCGCCCCAGAUCCGUGGACGCGGUAUGAGAUCCCCCUGGGCGACAUCCAGGCCGCGCUCGAGGACCAAGGCACGACACCCCGUCAGGGCGACAUCCUGAUGAUCCGGUCAGGCUACGUGAAGCGGCACAACGAAGCAACCUCGCAAGAGCGGGAAGCCUGCACUUUCGGCAUCGGCAAGCCGGCCAUCGGGAUCGCCGCGGACGAGGAAACCGUUGCGUGGAUGUACGACCAGCACUUUGCGGCCCACGUCGGCGACACCGUGGCGUUUGAGGCGUGGCCGCCGUCCCCGGCGAGGGAGUACAGCUUCCAUAACUGGUCGCUGGUCUGGUGGGGGACACCGCUGGGCGAGCUCUGGGACUUGGAAGGUCUGGCUGGGGCUUGUGAACGGCAUGGUCGGUGGUCCUUCUUCUUCACCAGUGCGCCGCUGCACGUUAAGGGCGGAGUGGCGAGUCCGCCGUGCGCGAUCGCCAUAUUCUGA